AUGUCCUUCUUCGGCUUCGAUGCCACUGGCCGCCACAACACGGCGGCUCCUGGCUUCUCUCAGGCCCAAGAUCCCUUUGCCGGCCUCUCUAGUCGCGAUGAUGCCGGCGACGAUGCCCUCGACUUUGAAGACACCUAUGAUGGUCUCGGCGACCAGCUCGACGACACCGAAGAUGCCUUCAACGACGACACGUUUGGCGGCGAUGCCUCUGGCACGGGCAAGGUCGGCAAGGACUUCGACUUCUUCGGCCAGACUGCCAAGGUAGCCGAUGCUAUCGAGGAGGAGCAUCUUCGCUUCAACCGACAGCAGCCGGCCCCAAGAUCCAGCAUUGCCCGAACUCAACCCCUAGAAUUGCCCGCAGAACUGGCCGCUCAAUAUCAAUACUCGGGUUCGCAACCUACAAGACCGAAUCGCACUGGAUACGAGAAAUACCGAGAAGCCGAGCCGAUGCCUGAUUUGCACGUCGACCAAAGCAUCUGGGGCAUUGGCUCCUCCAAAGCUGCAGUUCCUGCCACGACACAACAAGCUGCUCAGCCGCAGCCCCCGAGUAGUAGAAAGAUCAUGAGCCUUGAAGAAGUGGAAGCGGCCAUGCGAGCCCAGUCCAAGCAGCCAACCCAUGCGCCCACCCAGGAGCCUGCUCCGUACUCUACGGGACAGCCAGGCUACCCGAGCCAGCAGCAGCCGCCGCCGCCGCCGCAGUACCCUCAACAACACCACGGACAGGCGUAUCCGGGACAUGGACCCGCCGUCACCAUCUUGCAGCGACCUCAGAGCCUACACGCAAAGCACCCCGUGUCCACGGACAAGUUCUCCGCACCCCCGGCACACCAGCAUCAGCAGCAACAGCAUCGCCAGCAGGCUCAUCCUAGCCAGCCCAUGCAAAUUUUGCAGAACCCAAAUCGCUUGCCUGGAGAUGCCGACAGGCUGGGACUGCAUGGUCAUCGGCCAAGCCGAUCUCAUGGAUCGGUGCCCAAGAUGACGCAGAUGCAUGCUCAUCCGCACAUGAUGCAAAUGUCAGAGGACGAAAAGGGUGCGUUUUUGGAGCAGGAAACGAAACGCGCCAAGCGCAACCACAAGAUCUGGCUGUUGUCCAAGGAUAAUGGCUUGAUGACGCCUCAGGACAAGAACUUCAUCACCCGCAUCCAGCUUCAGCAACUCGUCUCGGCCACUGGAAAUCCAGUAGACAAGGGUGGUGAUAUGUCCCUCUCGGAGGACUUUUACUAUAAAGUCUACAGCCACAUUCGUGCUGGCCAACGCCAAAAUCCCAGCCAACCCCUCAGCAACUUUGCCCAGACGUACCUGUUCCAGACGGGCACUCGCCACGGCGGUGCGCGGAGACACGGCAGACCGGCCGAGAACCAUAUACAGCGCAUGGAGCAGCAGGUGCAGAGAGCCGUAGAGGCAGCCAAGAACAAGCCCAAGAAUCCACAGCUCGUCAUCGCCGGCAGCCUAGGGAAGAUAUCCUUCAGCAACGCCAAGACCCCGAAGCCGUUGCUCAACAUCAAGCGCGCGGAGAGUGAAGCGCAGCGCCCAAGCACCGGCAAGAAGGCCCCGGAAAAUGGGCUUGAUCGCAAGAGGAUUUUGCGAAAUGUCGAAAAGGUCUACGACACUUUAAUGAAGAUUGAGGACCACGCCCGCUUCAUCCCUCCGCCCCUCAGCGGGCAACAUGACCCGGAGUUGGAGGAGAAGCACAAGGAAUGGGCCGUUGGUCUCGACGCCCUCAACGCGAAGCUCUGGGACGAACUCAAGGUGCACGAGCCGAUUGGCCUGACGGUGCCGCACCCCUUCAUUGCGUUUCUGUCUUGCGCCAAAGGCAAGAAGGCCAUACCACGCAUCUUCCCUCACCUCAGCUUUGAACAGCGCACCACGAUUUUGACCAUGAUCAUCUAUCACCUUGACCAGUUGGAUGUUAUCCAAGGUGCCGUCGACGACAAUGGCGAGACGAACCUCAACUCCAGGAUGCGCGAGAACAUUGAGCUGUUCAUCUCCACCGUCAUGCCGUCCCUGAUGCAGUACUUCAACGACACGGGGCUCGAUAUUGUAGACGGGGUCCUGAAUCUGAUUGCCACGAAGCUAAACGUGGACCUCAUUGCGCGCACGAGGAUCGGUGUCUCCAUGCUCACGCUGAUUCUCAGCCGGGCUGUGCUGCUGAAGCAGACUGGCGGAGGAAACACCGAGCAGUGGGACAAGUGGGACCAAACCUUUGAGAUUCUAUUCAGUAAGCUCGAGCCGUCGCUGUCGACCAUUUUCCCCGGCAGCGUCAACGCGGGCGUUGACGUGCACGUCUGGCAGCUGCUCGCCGCCAUGGGUGUCAGCGCGACGCACGACCAGCAGACACGGCUUGUCCUUGCCGUCAAGGAUAGGGUCCUCGAUACUGUUGCGCUGUCCAAGACUCUACCGCCAGCCAUGGCGACGGAGCGGCUUGGAAGCGUCAACCUGUUUAUGCGCGCCAUUGGCUUGGAUGUGGAGCUGCUCCAGUGA